CUCCAUCAAGAUUAACACAUAGAAUUGGUCUGUACGUGUUUUUUCAUCAAGAUUAUUUUAGGGAAAUCCCUUAUCUGCUGGAAUCUUAGUAGCUUUCCUUGUAACCUUUGACCCCGUCGUGGUCAGAUGAGAACAAAAAUGGCGACAGGUGAAAACAUCCCUCUGCGGUCUGUUGAAUAUAGAAAGGGAAAGGGUCUGAAAUAUAGCAGGUUCAACUCAGAAGAUGAGUCGUCCAGCAUGGAUGAGGUGCCACUGAUGCUGUCAGAGGAUGGGUUUGAGAGUGAGGACGGCGAGUCCCUGCUGUCCAGGAGCAGGCAACCCCAAAAGAAGGGCCUGUCUGCCUUUUCAGAUGGUGUGAAAAAUUGCUGGGACAGCUGCUGUGAGUGCCUGCUGUCCAGAUGUCGGCGAAGGACAGAGCCCAAACCCAGAACUGUCUGGUUCAACCGAGCUGACAGGAAUGAGGAGAGAUAUCCGCCAAACGUGAUCAGGAACCAGAAGUUUAACAUCAUCACAUUUGUGCCAGGGGUACUCUAUGACCAGUUUAAGUUCUUCCUGAACCUGUACUUCCUGGUUGUAGCUCUCUCCCAGUUCAUUCCCGACCUGAAGAUCGGCUACCUGUACACCUACUGGGCACCUCUGGGUUUUGUGCUGUCAGUGACCAUGUGCCGAGAAGCUGUAGAUGAGAUAAACAGGUGGAGAAGAGACAGGGAGGUGAACUCACAGCAGUACAAGAAACUCACCAACAGAGGUGUUGUCCGUGUGAGCAGUGCAGAUAUCCAGGUGUCCGACUUGAUCUAUGUAGAGAAGAACCAGAGAGUUCCAGCUGAUAUGGUCUUUCUUAAGACUACAGAGAAAAAUGGUGCCUGUUUUAUUCGCACUGACCAGUUGGAUGGGGAGACAGACUGGAAGCUAAGGCUGGCCAUUCCCAGCACACAGGCACUAGCUAUAGACUCAGACCUGUUACAUAUAGAGGCCAAUGUGUAUGCAGAAAAGCCACAGAGGAACAUUCACAGCUUCAUUGGCAAUUUCUCAAGGAAUGAUGAAAAUAAAGCUGAAGACUCGCUGAGUGUGGAGAACACCCUGUGGUCCAACACUGUGGUAGCCUCAGGGACGGCCCUGGGAGUGGUUAUCUACACCGGAGCAGAGACUAGGAGUGUCAUGAACACCUCUCAUCCACCCUCCAAGGUGGGUUUGCUGGACCUGGAGAUUAAUCGGCUGACCAAAGUGCUGUUCUUUGCUGUUGUUGUGCUGUCCCUGGUGAUGAUGAUACUCAAGGGUUUUGGAGGACCUUGGUACAGAUACUUCUUCAGGUUUAUCCUCUUGUUCUCCUACAUCAUUCCCAUAAGUUUGAGAGUCAACCUUGACAUGGGGAAGGCAGCGUACUCGUGGAUGAUCUCGCGAGACAAGGAGAUCCCAGGAACAGUGGUCCGCAGCAGUACCAUCACCGAGGACCUUGGCAGGAUCCUGUACCUCCUGUCAGACAAGACAGGCACACUCACACAGAACGAAAUGGUCUUCAAAAAGAUCCACCUUGGGACUGUGUCCUUCAGCGGAGAUUCAAUGGAUGAGGUUGUGAGCCACUUGCGGACGGCUUAUGCUCACCCCACGGUAGCAGGCCAGCCAGCCAGCACAACGUCCACUCCCAGCAGGAAGGGGUCAUCUACUCCACAGCCCCCACCCCCACAGAUCCGUCGUACCGUGGUGACACGUGUCCUGGAGGCAGUGAAAGCACUCGCCCUGUGCCACAACGUAACACCAGUGUAUGAGAGUGAGGAGGAGGAGAAUGAAGCCGUGGAGGCAGAUCAAGUGGAGGCAGACCAGGAGGGGGACAAGACGAUCACAUACCAGGCCUCCAGUCCUGAUGAGGUUGCCCUGGUGACAUGGACAGAGGAGAUCGGUCUGAAGCUGAUCAGGAGAGACCUGACGUCCAUGCAGCUCAUGACCCCCAGCGGAGCCAUCCAGACGUACGACAUCCUGCAGGUGUUCCCCUUCACCUCCGAGAGCAAGAGGAUGGGCAUCAUCGUUAGGGAGGAGGUGACAGGAGAGAUCACUUUCUACAUGAAGGGUGCCGAUGUCGUGAUGUCAUCUAUUGUGCAGUACAACGAUUGGCUGGAUGAGGAGUGUGGCAACAUGGCAAGGGAAGGGCUGAGGACCCUGGUGGUGGCCAAGAAGACUCUAACAGAAGAGCAGUACCAGGACUUUGAGAGCCGUUACAGCAGUGCGAAGCUGAGUGUCCAGGACCGAGCGCUGAAGGUGAGUGCAGUGGUGGAGAGUCUGGAGCGAGACAUGGAACUCUUGUGCCUGACUGGGGUGGAGGACAAACUACAGGCUGAUGUUAGACCAACGCUGGAGCUGCUGAGAAAUGCAGGCAUCAAGGUGUGGAUGUUAACAGGAGACAAACUGGAGACAGCUGAGUGUAUCGCCAAGAGUUCCCGACUUGUUUCCAGAACACAGACCAUACAUGUCUUCAAACAGGUUAGUAAUCGAGCUGAGGCUCACUUGGAGCUGAACGCCUUCAGGAGAAAGAAUGACUCCGCCCUGGUCAUCAGAGGUGACUCCAUGGAGGUGUGUCUGAAGUACUAUGAACAUGAGUUCAUGGAGCUGGCCUGCCAGUGCCCAGCUGUCAUCAUCUGCAGAUGUUCUCCCACACAGAAAGCGGAGGUGGUGCGACUCAUCAAGCAGCACACUCGCAGGAGAUGUGCAGCUAUAGGGGAUGGUGGGAAUGAUGUCAGCAUGAUCCAAGCUGCGGAUGCAGGCAUUGGGAUUGUGGGAAAGGAAGGGAAGCAGGCAUCGUUGGCAGCUGAUUUCUCCAUCACACAGUUUAAACAUGUAGGGAAGCUGCUGGUGGUGCAUGGGCGUAACAGCUACAAGCGCUCGGCCUCCCUCAGUCAGUUCGUCAUCCAUCGGGGACUCAUCAUCUCCACCAUGCAGGCGGUGUUCUCAUCUGUGUUCUACUUUGUCUCUGUGGCUCUGUACCAGGGCUUCCUCAUGGUGGGAUAUGCCACAGUGUACACCAUGUUCCCUGUGUUCUCCCUGGUGCUAGACCAGGAUGUCACCCCUCAGAUAGCCAUCACCUAUCCAGAACUGUACAAGGAGCUGACCAAAGGAAGAUCGCUGUCCUUCAAGACAUUCUUCAUCUGGGUUCUUAUAAGUAUUUACCAAGGUGGCAUCAUUAUGUUUGGUGCCUUGCUGUUGUUUGAUGCGGAUUUUGUGCACAUUGUUGCCAUCUCCUUCACAUCCCUGAUCCUGACGGAGCUGCUGAUGGUGGCGCUGACAGUCCGCACCUGGCACUGGGCCAUGGUCAUCGCGGAGGUCUUCAGUCUGGGGAUAUACGUGGCUUCUCUCGCCAUCUUCAAGGAAUACUUUGAUGAAAGCUUCAUCCUGUCGCUGACGUUCUUCUGGAAGGUGACAGUCAUCACACUGGUCAGCUGUCUGCCGCUCUACGUCCUCAAGUACCUGCGCAAGAAGUUCUCUCCACCCAGCUACUCCAAACUCUCUUAGAGAAGUUCUCUCCACCCAGCUACUCCAAACUGUCUUAGAGAAGUUCUCUUCACCCAGCUACUCCAAACUGUCUUAGAGAAGUUCUCUCCACCCAGCUACUACAAACUCUCUUAGAGAACUUCUCUCCACCCAGCUACUACAAACUCUCUUAGAGAAGUUCUCUGCACCCAGCUACUCCAAACUCUCUUAGAGAAGUUCUCUCCACCCAGCUACUCCAAACUGUCUUAGAGAAGUUCUCUCCACCCAGCUACUCCAAACUGUCUUAGGAAAGAAGUUCUUUAAUUUCCACCCAGCUACUCCAAACUCUCUUAGAGAAGUUCUCUCCACCCAGCUCCUCCAAACUCUCUUAGAGAACUAGCCUAAGGACAGACUGUGUGCAAUAUUUCCUGUGAGCUGCUCUAAAUUUUCUCUCCCAACCUAACAUGGAAGUACAAAUAAUUAUUUAGAAUAGAUGCACAUAGUGUCAGUUGUGAUUUAGACAAAGCAUGGCAAUCAUAAUUUAACUGUACCUUUCAGUGUGAAAAUAGGGAUUAGAAAGCACUGAAGACAGCAAUUUUUGCAGUUGACUUUUUAUGACGAAGAUGUGGAUCUAAGGUUGUCACGUCAUUUCUGGUUUCUUGUCUGAAUACAUACACCACAUACUUCUUGUGAUGACUGAUAAUACUAUUAUUGAUUGAUUAGUAUAUGGUUAGAUAUGUUACCUGUACAGGAUACUAUGUGGUGUACAUUUGUAAGAUAAUGUAGGAAUCUAUUUCAAUAGGUACUAAAUCCUUCUUGAACUGUAGUAUGUUGAGCUAGGUGUUGUACCCACAGAGUAUGGACAUGCUAUGCAUGAAAUCUUUAGAAAUGGUUUUUAAAAUUCUAUUUCAGAAUGUUGCUUUGUAGUUUAUAUCUUAAAUAAGCUUUGAGCUAUUUAUAUGAUCACAAUUGUCGUAACUACAAAAUGUACAUUACUUGUUAUGAAGAUUGAAAACUGAUACAGAGAGACUGUUUGUCCUUAAUGUUAAAGAUUGUUGAUACUUUUUUUUACUAUGCAAUGCUUGCAGUGCUUAGUGUUCUAUGUGAAGUGACAGUUGUAUUAACUGUUUGUUGAUUUAUGAUGUUUUUAAUAUUAUUGUGUUAUUAUAAUUUGAUUCAUCUGUUGAUUAUUUUCUGCUGCUAUUUGGGAUUAUGCAUUACUGGUAUGAUAGAAAUUGUUUUACAUUAUCAGAAAUUAUUGUAUUGGAUCACAGCAAGCCAAUACAUUCCAUUGUUCAUUUCUUGUAAAUAAAGUGUUCGUUUCGAGUUCACCUUGAUACAGGAACUUAGGACUAUUAAGAAAAACGAGAACAAUACAUUGCAGUUGUCACAAUGUUUUCUUUCUAGUAAUAUUUCUGCAUACCUAUUUUUUCCAUACUUCUUUAUUUCAUAAGUGCACCAAUAUUUUCAUGGAAGAGUAUUUACAACUGAACGAACAUGUAACUACUAGUACUGAAUCAGCUAAGCAUAACUUAGACCAUUUGUGCACAUGUACAGUAAUAUUACCAAUAAUCUAAUAUCUACAUGAGAAACAUGUUCUAAGGAACAACAAUUAGCAAUACUUUAAACAUCUGUCAGUUUGAAACAUCUGUCAAGUUACCAAUUAGAUCUGUUAGUAGAAGUGAUUUUUUUUGUAAAGCUACGUAACUAGAUGCUGCUAGUGGUUUGAAGGAGACAUCACUAAUAUGGCUGUUUAGUGUUCAGAGGUCAUGUAGCAGCAGAAAGUGUACAAAGUAAACAGACAAAUUCAAAUCCUGUUAUUAUAUAGGAAUGCUACAUUUGAUUAAAGUAACUUUCAGAAAGUUGUCAUUUUUAGAAGUAGUUGUGAAGAAGGAAAGUUAAGUGAUUGGUAUUAAAGUACAAAUGUACGUUGUACCUGCCUUGGUGCAGCAGGCGUCACAUUAUUAGGUGCACUUUUGCAAUCAAUGUAAGGAAUGUGGUGACACCAGGCAACGUGUACAAAAUAUUUGGACCAGUUUUAAAUUAAGACUCGACAACCUUUACAUGUGUACUAGUACCACAGAGUUGUAUAGUGCUGCUUUAGGGCCAAUGAAGACUGUGAAUAAUUAUACAAUAACUCACCAUAUGGCCACUUUGGAUCAAAUGUAAUAGUGAGAGGUGGAUAGGAAAACUUGUACAGCACUGUUGCAAUGCUCAAGUUGAGAAAAUGUGAAUAAUAAAAACUGUGACACUUAA